GUUACACGUACUACUGGGCAGUUACACCAACACGCCGCCAUGAAGCAGUCGCCGACGACGUCGGGCCAUCGGUUGUCGCCGAUCGAGGCGACUCGGGCGAGUGCGAUCAUUGAGGAAGCGAUCGAGAAGCUGUCGUUCUUGGGAAGCAUCACGCCCGACAUCUUGCAGCACCGUGAAGAGUUGUCCCAGGUCGUGGGCGACGAGAUCUCUCGCAUCAUCCAAGAUCAGCGGCGGCUCGAGGCCAAGUACGAGAGCCUCAUCUCGCAGCGCAGUGUGCUCAAGGGGCUGGCCAACAAAUCCAAAUUCAAGGAGAACCAGCGAGACAUCCAAGAGGUCAGUCGCGCGUUGCGCGAGUCUACGAGGAGUCUGUGCCGCAACCUCAAGGACAACCCCAACUUUGGCGGCAAUUUGAUGAAAAUCCAAUACGAACGACAGGGCUUGAUCGACUUGCUCGAGGAAACCAAGCGCGAACUCAAGUCGUGCACGUACGACGCGCUUGUGACGUACGUGACGGAAGGCAAGAACGCAGCGGACAAGGCGGCCGACCUCAUCGAAACGGAGAAGGAAGCGGCGGAGGAGGUGAAGCGGUUGACGCAGGAGCUGGCGCGCGAAAAGGCAGAGCACACGCGCGAAGUGUCGGAGCAAAAGGCAGCGAUCGCACAACUCAAGGAGCAGCUACUCCAGGUCAAGUCCAAAACGCAGAUCGACAUUCGGUACGCGCGGAACGAAGCCAAAGCGAAGACGGCGUCGACGUCGCGGUUGUACCAGCAACUGAUUGCCGAGCAGCACGACAAGAUCACCGUGUUGGCGACCGAAUGCGAGACAGAGGGCCGCGUCCACGACGAAACGGUGGCGUUUCUGCGGGGGAAGCACGAUCGGCUCACGCACGACUUGGCGCAUUGGACGGAAAAGUACGAGGCGGACGUGGCGGCCAAGCAAAAGGAGCUGGCCAAGCUCACGGACGAGCGCGCGGCCAACUUGCUCAAACUGGAGGGGCUCCAGAAGCGGUGGGUCGAAGAGGUCGAGCUCCAAAAGAACAGGGAGGCCGAGAAACGCCGAUUGAAAGAGCUCGAGCUGCUCAAGCGCGAUGAAGAGAAGAAGCACCUGAUUGCGAUUCGGAAAAUUCAGAUCGCAUACCGCAUGCACAAAGCGUACGUGGACGACAAGAAGAAAGCUGCCGACGCGGGCAAGAAGAAGAAGGGCGGUGGUAAGAAGGGAAAGAAAAAGUAGUAGUUUGCACGACGGAGGAGGAUGGACCCCAACACCACGAAUCGAUCCUUUGCAUUGCACACAUGAAUCUAGCGACGCCGUCCUCGCCUCGUCAGAGUUGUGACCGUCGACCGACGCCGCCCGCAGCGCUAGCUCGGCAACGACGUGAGGACGGUGUCGAGCCAGAUUGUCCGAAUGUCGAAGGGGGAGCUCGGCUACUGUUGGGGAGAUGCACAGGCCAGUUGGUCGUCCUUGCCUGCAAGUGGCCCCCUCCUUCGCCCUUGUCACAAGCACCACAGCCUGCUCUACUUCCACUUGUUUACGUGUGUAUCGCCCCUCGGCGGAGCCUCCCCCCCCACCAAGCGCCUGACAGCCCCCUCUUGAGAACUCGUCCGAGAGCAAAUGCAAACGUCGCGCGAUCUAGCUGAGUGGGGCUGCGAGUUGGAAGGGUCUCUGCAGGGUUUCCAAGCGUGGACGCGGCUGAACAAGUGGGCGCCAGGGUUUCGAUCGUUGGUGGCUGGUGAACAAAGCUCGUGCCUUCACGAUGUGGUGGUAAAAAUAGCACCGCCGAGUGCUUUAGCUCGUGUCGUCGUUCUUGCGACGAGGAUGCUACUGGCGUC